UUUCAUACCAAUCUUUUUCCCUCUCUGUCCUCCUCACUUAAGAAGACAUUGUUAGGAUUUUAGUAAGAAAAUGGUAAUAUUUCCAGGGAAGGUGAAGAAAGGAGCAUGGACGAGUGAAGAAGACGAGAAGCUCGUGGCUUACAUUCAACAGCACGGCCAUGGAAGCUGGCAAGCCCUGCCUGCAAAAGCUGGACUUAAAAGGUGCGGCAAGAGCUGUAGACUGAGAUGGAUUAAUUACCUUAGAGCAGAUAUCAAAAGAGGCAACUUCAGUUUGCAAGAAGAACAGUCCAUUAUUCAACUCCAUGCCCUUGUCGGAAAUAAGUGGUCAGCUAUAGCAGCUCAUAUGCCAAAAAGAACGGACAAUGAAAUCAAGAAUUAUUGGAAUACCCAUAUCAAGAAAAAACUACACAAACUGGGCAUCGACCCCACAACACACAAACCACUAGCAGAUUCCUACGGCUCCGGCUCCGGCUCCGGCCACGGCCAGAACGCCGGGCUAAGACACAUGGCUCAAUGGGAGAGUGCACGCCUAGAAGCCGAAGCCAGAUUAGGCAGAAAGUCUACACUGCCUAAUAAUACACUCAACCAUUUCCCUGCCCUAAUUAGUUUUACACCAACCAUCACCCUUCAUCAACACACUACUGCUACUGCUUCUAAUGCUCAUAAAUCCGACUACAAUGAUGUCGUUCCUCCGGUAAGGUUACCGUGCCUUGACGUACUACAAGCAUGGCAAAAUCUAGCUCGUGCAAAUAAUGAGGAACUUCAUCAAGUAGCUAAGGAGAAGGAAAUGGACAGUGUUGAUUAUAGUGCAUGGUUCGCAGAAAAUAAUGAUUAUGAAUGUACUGACCUAAUCCACCCAACUUGGGCUAGCAUUAUUCCCCAAGAUAACUGGAAUAAUUUGAUGUAUUCUGUGGAGUCAUUCUAUCCACUCACGUUUUGAAUGGAUUUAUUAAUGUCGUACACUGUCCGAAAUUUAAAGUUUGUUUGGCAGUCGAGAAAGUAAUAAAGAGGAGGUUAGGGUUUGAUGCAUUGAUACUCUGUUGAAAGAGAUGCUUUGUUAUUACCUUCUCAAGGAAUAAAUAUGUUCAUUUAA